ACACCAGACACAAGCAGCGGUUGAGCCGUCCAUUGUGACUGGAAUGUGGUUCUCCAUCGACUCCUUUAUCAAGAGCAAAAUCUCCUCUCUCUCCGACGGAAGGUCCAUUGAACCCAGAUCCAAUCGCACCGUGAACUCCUCCUUCCAGUUUUGACAAAUUCCCUAACCCCAUUACGCACCCACGUACCACUGCAUAUCUCACCAGCAUGGAUCUGAAAUCUCGUCUUGCAAGCGACGAACUGGUACUGCCAAGCUCAUCAACCAUCCCAUCAACUCCACCACCAGCGACGCCGUCACUCCUCCCAUGGAGUGACGAAGAAGAACAAGACUGUCUUCACUGCCGCAUGGCGGGCGAUUCAUACAGCGAAGUCUGUGCCCAACUCAUCCGCCUUCAACAUCCUCUCCGUUCGGUCGAGGAAAUCCACGCCAAACUGGAAGAACUCGAAAAGGGUAGCAAUCACGCUCUGCAUGCCCAUCUCAAAGGCUUCGGCUGGAAAGGGGACGUCGUCGGCGUCAAAGCCCACCUCGAGAAACGCCGCAAGAAGGAACAAUUCUCCUCAUCGUCGUCACGACUCGAAUCAGAAUCGAAAUCAAGACUUCGCCCGACGAAACGUGCGCGCAUCUCAAGCCCACAACCUUCUAGCUCCCGCAUCACUCGAACGCUUAAACGCGAGCGCGAACGCGAAACUUCAAGCUCCCCACCACCGCGUAAAAUCAAGCGCGAAAGAUUCGAAAGCGAAUCUGACGUCGAAGAUAUCCCACGUCGCAAGGACCCCAUCGAAGGACACCACGCCUCAUGGGCGAUGUCGCACUUACUCGCGCCGGCCUCUCAAAUUCCCAGCACAACAACAGCAUCAACAACGAUACUGCCGCCAAAGACAUGGCGCAGCUUAAGCAAACAGCGCGAACUCCGGCCCGUGAUCCGCGAGCAACAACAACAACAGCCACUCAGCGGCAGCAGGUCUAUCCCCGACAACAUCAUCGCCGCACCUCCCUACGACGAAUCAUACACAACGACAUCAACAUCAACAUCAAAAUCAACAGCAUUAACGACCGCAGCGGAGAAGGAAGCGGAAGAUCCCUUCAACCUCCUCCUCGAGGAGUACGUCAACGACGAGGAUGUAUGGUGGCAGCCCCACCCGUCGCUGUUCUUCGUGGGUUUGUAGUCGACUAGAAAGAAAGGAGACAUGCAUGGGGAAGGAAGGAAGCGCGAGAUAAAAAAUUUCUGACGUGGUGCACGUGUCCAGGAAUGCCGGAUGAGAUGAGAUGGAGAUGGGA